AUUAUUUUAAACAAUAAAAGAUAAAGUAAAGCAUAAAAUGGCUUCACAAGUUUCAAAACCAAAAACACAGAGAGGCAAGCGUUUUUUAUUAAACAGAGAUGCAAAACUUGAAGAAAAUACCAAAACAGUGAUGCUUAUUCGGGGUGGCAAAACAAGUGAAAUGGUGACUCAAGCAAUGAGAGAUAUACAUGCCUUAAAAAAACCAAAUGCAACAAUGUUUCACAGAAAAAAUAUUUUAAGACCAUUUGAGGAUCAGAGUUCUUUGGAAUUUUUCUCCCAGCGAAGCGAUGCAUCCCUCAUGGUAUUUGGUUCACAUUCCAAGAAGAGACCGCAUAACCUAGUGUUUGGUUGUUUUUAUGAUUUCCACAUGCUGGAUAUGUUUGAACUUGGUAUAGAGAGAUACCAACCGAUAUCUGAGUUUAAGGCUCAUAAAGUUACCGUUGGCACCAAGCCAUGCCUACUGUUUUCUGGUGAAGAGUUUGAGAAUAAGAUAGAAUAUAGAAGACUCAAGUCCUUGUUCAUAGAUUUUUGGCGCGGUGAAAAAGUUGAAAAUAUCCGUUUACAAGGUCUUGAACACAUUUUACAGUUCACAGCAUGUGAGGAUAAAAUCUAUCUGCGCAGUUACAGAGUGUUAUUAAAAAAGUCUGGCUUGAAAACACCGCGAGUGGAAGUGGAAGAAAUUGGACCGUCAUUUAACUUCGCUCUGCGAAGAACACGCCUUGCUACUGAAUCGCUCUACAAACAAUCUCUAAGACAACCCAAGGCCCUCAAGCCAAGAAAGGUUAAAAAUGUGGAACAUGAUGUGUUUGGCACCAAGACUGGUCGUAUCCACAUGCAAAAACAAGAUUUAGAGACUUUACAGACGCGAAAAAUGAAAGGACUUAAAAGAGGUAAAAAGUCAGAAGAAGGCGAUAAUCAAAAGAAACAGAAAACAGACCAAGAUGCUGAAUGAAAAACUCGGUUUCUAUGGUUACAAACGUCUCCAAGAACACUAAAAAUUAGUUACAGGAUAAUCAAACGAUUGCUUAAGUGAUUGAAUCGGAAGCGCGAUUGGUAUAACCAUCUUAAUAACAAACCGACAAUAUAAUAUAUAUUUCUUGAUGAGUCAAUUUGAUGUAAUUGCGUCAUCGGCUGUUUUUAUUUCAUUGCGUCAUUUUCGGGAAAUUGAAAGAUUGAGUGUAGAGUAUACGUGUUUUCUUUUUACCAAGUUUGAUUAUAUUGUAUUUACAAGCUAAAAUAUAUAUAUUUCCUAUCCAAAAGUCUA